ACAGUGAAUGGCUUCCAGUGUUCCACGAUCAGUGAGCAAAAAUGUUAUAUCCAUUGUAAAAGGUAGGAAACCAUGAAAUCUAUAAGCCGAUUUGGCAGAAGAACUGGCUGUUGGUGCCAAGAUUUGGUUACUGACCCACAGUUUCCUGUUUUUAAAUAUAUUAAUUGAUUCGCGAAGAGCAUCUUUUGGAAAACAAGAACUCAGACAGACUGGCACAGGCUGGAGCUCCGCCAAGACUGCUCGGGAAGGUUGCCAUGCUGGGAGCGAGCGAGCGAGCGAGAGAGCGAGCGAGAGAGCUGAGGAAAGAAAAAAAGGCAAGACUUGGCACGGCUCAGUCAAAUCAGCUUCUUUUGUCUGCUUUCUCGGCUUGAGCUUCAGGAAAGAAAACCGUCCUGGGGUACAGAAAAACUCAGAACUUUUUGGUUUUCAAACUUAGAUAGCUUUUUAAGUCUCUUGGGCUGUUUGAAAGUGGUAGUACAUCAAAUGACAUUCAGUUACCAGUGAUAAGAGAAAUAAAAGACUUCUUUAAUGAAGCCUCCACAAUGUCAGUUUAUACAUAUGGGAAAUACGAUAUUUGAUUUUUUGUGUGUGUCUGAUUAAACUGUGAGGGAGCCGAGAAACUUGGAAGAUUACAGAGGGAAUACCUAAAUAAAAGGCAGAAUUUUCUUUUUUUUGCAACAACAAAAAAAGUUUUCAUCAGCGUGAACAUGCUUUAAAACCAAAUCUGACCUCCUUCGGAAUAUGUUCAGAAUGGGAAUUUCGGCGUUUCUCUCAGAUAUGCUACAGAUACGAACUUUUAAUGGAACCUCCUUAAAGAUUUCGUCUGACCCAGCAAUGAAAUAAGAGUAGAGCGAAAGUUGUGACAUCUUAAUAUAAAAGUAAGUAUGUUCUUAAAGCAACAAUAUUUAUUUUUUGCUGCUUCAUGCUGUCCUGGCUCCAUCUUCCAGCUAUUAGUGACAACACUGAAGACCAGCAGGGCAAACCGAAGACACCCAGACUGUGCCUGAAGGGCAAAAAAAGAAAUGAGAGCAUGGAUAUUUUCCUACUGCUCUAAGACACCUCUCCCAGAAAGCAUCUUACUAGAAAGCAUAUGACAUUGCUGAAUUUUCGACUUACAGAGGAAAUAAGAGAAGGAAAAAUAUUGACUUCUGCCAAGUGAGGAAUGUUUGCAGAUGACAAAGCUGGAUUUGAACUGGUGACACUGGAUAUAGAAACUUCAGUUUGUAGUUACAGUACCUGUUCGCUGUAAAUUGUGAAAAAAUCUGCUCUUUUCUCAUACAUGGAUUAAAAAAAAUCUGUGACGACUGAAGCGUGGAUGUUUAAUGAUUUCAAUAAAAUUAAGGACCUAAACCCCAUUGUUUGUUUUCUCCAAGGGUGCCUGGAUUUUCAGUGAGACAGGUACCUUAUUUCUGAUUUCAUAGGAACAAAUACUAGCAUACUGCCUGUUAGGCCUGGAUGUGGUUGGAUUAUACUACUUCUGCUGUGACAAUCAGCAUUAUUAUGUGAGAGAGUAACUGUAAAGCAUAGAUUUUUAUGGAUCGUCUUCACUUAUAAUAAACAUCAUGUCAAUGGUAACAGAAUGGUAGAACCAUUCCCAGAGGGAACACAGAUGGCUAUAUUUGGUAUGGGCUGUUUCUGGGGAGCUGAGAGAAAGUUCUGGAGAGAGAAGGGAGUCUAUUCCACUCAAGUGGGUUACGCAGGAGGGUUUACUCCAAAUCCUACCUACAAAGAAGUCUGCUCAGGGAGAACUGGCCACACAGAGGCUGUACGAGUAGUUUAUCAGCCAGAAAGCAUCAGCUUUGAGAAACUGCUCAAGGUCUUCUGGGAGAAUCAUGACCCGACACAAGGAAUGCGACAAGGCAACGAUGUUGGCACCCAGUACCGCUCGGCCAUCUACACGUUUUCUGAGGAACAGAUGGAAGCUGCUUUGAGAUCCAAGGAAGAAUAUCAAAAGAUAUUGACCGAGGGCGGCUUUGGGACCAUCACAACAGAAAUCCGAGAGGCUCCAGAGUUUUAUUAUGCCGAGGAUUACCACCAGCAGUACCUCAGUAAGAACCCUGGCGGAUACUGUGGCCUUGGGGGAACGGGGCUUUCCUGCCCUAUUGGGAUCAAGAAAUAACCCGUGCUUACUCCACCACCUUCACUUUGUUUUACGGAGUUAGAAAAGGAUCUACAGCCCUUAUAGGUGUUCCAGUAUGUCCACAGCAUCAGUGUGUAAAGAUCUGGGAACCUGUUGCCGUGGCUUUCCUUAAUUUGAGCAGUUUCCCAUUGAUCUACAUAAAGAGCCAAAGUAGAGACAGAAAUUGCACCAGCUGGCAAAUGCAGCUUCUUGCUCUGUGCAGCUUGCUGGGUUUCUUUGAAAUCUUGUCAUCUGGAGAGAAAAUAAACUUCUAAAAGUUUGGCUUGAAAUGCUGUUAAAAGGAUGAAUUAGGGGGUGGUUGCACCUGCUAACUGCUUUGCAUAGCUAAGGCCUACAGACACUUAGUUUCUUGGGUUAAUUAGUUUGCUCGUGUUAUGAGAGCUUUGACUUCUGGAGACAUAGUUGGGCUCAUCUUAACUGUCGCAACCCUGUAAUUUAAUGUCUUUGAGAAUGGUGAAUUUACAAGACCAGUAUUUCUUCCACAAUUCUGCUUUCACAGCAACAUGUAAUAUGACCUACAGUGCAUAUUUUCUGAAACAAUUUUAAUAAGAAUAAGUAAAAUUGCAAUGUGAUACUUCUUUUUGACAAUUCAAAAAAUUGUAUAAAUAAAUUUUAUUUCCUGUGCUACAAUAAAUUACUAAAAAGAAAAGAAA